AGAAAUUAUAAAUUGUGGAGACGUAUCGUACAAGUCAGAUAUAUACAGUCUGGGUGUCAUAAUAUCAAAACUAUCAACUGGAUGUAGCAUGCCUGGCGCUAACUAUUCAAGUAUAUCACAUGAACACUGGCAACAUAUGAUAAAACGUGUUGACGAAUUAGCUAAAAGUUGUGGGGAUGAUGACCAACAUAAAAGACCUAAUAUUAACGAGUUACUUUGUAAGCUGGAUGAGAUAGAAUCCGAGAUUGAAAUGGUGAUUCGAGUGAAUGGAACUUCAAUAGACCAGGAGCCUCUUCAUGUCCACCCCCGCAAACUCGUCUGGCCCUUGGCGGCAAACAAUACCAUGCCUUUCUCACUACAUCUGACCAACAAGAGCACAGAUGAUCAUUUUGCUUUUAUGUUUCUGGAUUUCGGCGGGGUUGCAUCCUCCUGCUCCAUCCUAGGUAACAAAGGAGUCAUUCCACCCCAAUCAACGUGGGGAAUCGUCCUACACUUGCAACUACAAGCGGGGGAGCCGGCAGUAUCGGAGAAGCAGGGUAAGGAAAUGGUCAUCGUGCGGAGCACCGUUGUGGAAAAGGGCUUCCAUAGUAACGAUAUCACUGUGGACAUGUUCAAGAGGCACCUUAGUGUGCACGAUAUCGAGUUGGAAGUUAUUUUUGUGGAACCACCCCAAUCACAACCCCUCCAACUAUAUGAGUUUGAUCAUAAGCUGCAGUUGGAUGCAAACGAGGGAACAAGCCAUGGAACCACACAGACAUGCCCUGAUGAGUCCAUUAUGACUGAGCUGUUAGACAUCUACCCGUUCGAGGUCGGAUACCCGCCCAAACCAGAGAAGUACUGUACGCGCACAAUACACCUAACCAAUACGACGGAGGAUACAGUUGAGUUUUGGAUGGUGCCUUCUGCCAAUGCCAGGUACUACGGAUAUGAGGGUGGCUAUCAGGCUGGCUUUGUGCCGCCACAAUCCACAUAUGCUGUCCGUUGGGUCUUGUGGAACGAAGUAUCUGAGCCGACAAUUACGGAGUCAUUUCAAAUCCUGAUGGUAACUAGAGCCGACAUGAGCCAUCUCUCAUCAGGAGUUAUUCGCUAUCCAGGGGACUUUCAUGAACAAGUGUUCAACGCAGCCAGAGACAAGGGAGGCAAGGCGCACCGAGCCUGCUUAUUUGUUGACAACAAUAGUGCCCCGGACAAGAAUUAUCAUAGAUAUGAACAUGCCUUACUGACAAAAUAUUUCGGGGAAAUUACAUCCAUGGACGUGCAUCCUACAACGCCACUGGUUUUGACGGGCCAUCAGAACUUUGUUUGCAUUUGGAGAAUUAAGAAGCGGCAGAAUCAUGCUACGGAGCACGCUCGCGGUUUCAAGGAUGCUAUGGAUUUUGUGGUUAAGUUCAUCGCAAGAAUGCAAUGGGUUCUAUCAGGGGAUAAAACUGGGAAAGUUAACGUGUACACAACAGAGUUGAAAUUACUCCAUACAUUCACUGCUCACAGUGAUCGAGUGAUAUCAAUUGCGGUUCACCCAAGUCAUCCUUAUGUGUUGACUUCAUCUGAUGACCUCCUGAUCAAGCUAUGGAACUGGGAUAAUGCCUGGACGUGCACUCGAGAAUUCCAAGGGCACUUGAAUCCUGCUACGCAAGUGGUCUUUAACCCGAAUGACAAUGCCGACAGUUUUGCUAGUUGUUCUCGUGCGUCGUACGACUGUGGCCGCCCUGGAAACGUUAAGAUCUGGAGGAUUGAUUCCACCAAUCCUGAAACUGACUUGUAUGGCGGAUUCAGAGCUAUUGAUUGGAGUGCACCAGUCAAAGAUGGCCAGUAUUUGGUUGCCGUUGUGGACCAGGGAUAUACAGAGAUUUGGGAUAUGGAGAAACAGAGACGGGUUCACGAUAUUAUAUGUAAUGGCUUCCACACACAAGUGGCUUGUCACCCGACGCUUCCAAUCAUAGUUACGGGCGAGGAAAAGGGGGUUACUCGUAUCAUUAACCUCAAUACGUUCAGGGUGGAGUACAUUAUUCCAGCAGUUAAUGACCCAUUGAUUGCUUUGGGAUUCAGCGACAUAGCAGGCUACAAAAGCCUGAUGAUCGGACGUAAGAAUAUGGUGUCACACGUGGUAAUUGAUUUGGAAACAGUAGCAAGUCCACAUAGGCCACGCUUCUGGCACGAUAACAAUGCCAAACAAGAAACUGAAAGGAUGCACUCAAGUCAUGCUUGUAUGGAGGGGGCGAAGGAUUGAAUCCUAAAGCUUAUUAUAAAGAUGCUGAAGUCCCUCGAAUUCUGCACUAUGAAGAAAAUGUAGAAUGUAAAUACCUUAUGGCUGGAUUGCUGUUCAGAUGUGUGAACGUCUAUAUGGUCUGCUUUGUGUCAUCGAUUAAUUUUGUUUGAUCCAUAUGUAAUUCAGAUGUG